UAAUCGAUGAUGUCAAAAAAGUGUGUUGUAAUUUAUAUUAAACACAUAAUGAAAACACGCUUCUACUUCUUAAUCGAGUAAAUAGUUUUGUGGGUUUGAUGUUUCUCUCUCAAACUCUAUACUUGAAUAUCGGGCUGCAGUGUAAGAAAACACGCGGUGGAAAGGAGUGUGAGGAAGCUGAGGAAGGUGGAGGAGGAGAAAGAGAGAAAGAAAGAGCCACACAGAGAGAGAGAGAGCCUCGCCUGCUGCUGCCAGGCUGCCAGUGCUCCGAUUAUUUUUGCUCGCAUACGCACUUACAUGUAUACAUGUAAGUUAUAGCUAAAAACUCUCAAGGGAGGCUCACUUGCAUUUUGUUGGAGAAAAUUUAUUACCUUGCCUAGCCAAGUUGAAAAACUACUCAUGCUCCCGAGAAAAUAAUUAAGACGAGAAAUUUACUGGAGGAAGGGAUCGAGAAAAACAAGGAAACUGUGUGCGGAGAAACAAGCUAUUGUCUAUCGUGUCGCCUGAUACCAGUAAUGUCUGUCCCUCCAUCAUUAAAAGGAUUAAUCAGUAAAAAUUUGAGCGGUACAAGUCUAAGUCCUACAGAAACAGUUGAAAGUGCUCCAGGCCCAAGUACAUUAAAAAUUGAUUCAAUUGAAUCGUUAGCACCAGAUGAGGAGGAAACAGCAGAAGAUGCAGAAGAAACAACUGAAGAAGAGACGGAAGAGAGUUCAGAUGCAGAUAGCGAGAGUAUCGACAGAGCACUGUCUGCAAAGAGUGAGGGUGAAACGAGUGAGUCAGACUGUCUCUCUGUGCUUUUGCCAAAGCAGCCUCAGUCUCCACAGCGGGCUCAGAGUCCAAACCUUGAAACAUGUGUGCCCUUGGACGUUGUGUUGCCCCCAAGAAAGAGAAAAAGUGAAUCUGACUUUGUUACCUUACCUUGCAAGAAGCUCAGCACCGAUGAAAAAUCAUUCAUUAUCAAAAGACUGGAUGACAAAGUUAAACAUGUCAGACCAAUCAUACCGACAAAGGAUAAUCCUCCUCCAGAAAUGAAUGAUUGGUUGUAUCAAUUUCAAAAAUGGACAAACGCGGAGCGUAUGCUAGCAAUAGACGAAUUGAUCGAACGGUGCGAGCCAACGCAAGUGCGGCACAUGAUGCAAGUGAUCGAGCCACAGUUCCAGCGCGACUUUAUUUCGCUGCUACCACGAGAACUGGCUUUAUCUGUGUUAUCGUUUUUGGAACCACGGGAUCUGUUAAGGGCCGCGCAAACCUGUCGCUCAUGGCGUUUUCUUGCCGAUGACAAUCUACUCUGGAAGGAAAAGUGCAAGGCUGCGGGUAUUGACAGUCUCAGGGGUGUCCCAAGAAGGCCAAGAACGAUUAGAUCAAAGGUUGCUAAAGCGCUUAAGGCCAAGAGUAGUGCCAAUUGCGAUGGUGCAGGAGGUGAUUUGGGUAGUAGUGGCUCCUCAAUGAUCCAUACUACUUCACGAUGGAAGCGCGCAUACAUGAGACAACACAAUAUCAAAAUGAACUGGAGGAGUAGGCCUAUCCGACCACCAAAGGUGCUCAAGGGCCACGAUGACCAUGUUAUCACCUGCCUUCAGUUUUCUGGUAAUAGAAUAGUAAGUGGUUCGGAUGACAACACAUUGAAAGUAUGGUCAGCGGUAACUGGUAAAUGUUUACGCACGUUGUGCGGUCACACGGGUGGUGUUUGGUCGUCUCAAAUGUCAGGCACUACAGUUAUCAGCGGCAGCACUGACCGUACGCUAAAAGUCUGGAACGCAGAAACAGGUGAAUGUAAGCACACGCUUUUCGGCCAUACGUCGACCGUACGUUGUAUGCAUCUUCAUGGCAAUAAAGUGGUUAGCGGUAGUCGGGACGCAACAUUGCGCGUAUGGCAUAUUGAAACUGGCGAGUGCUUGCACGUCCUCGUUGGCCAUAGAGCAGCAGUUCGCUGCGUUCAAUAUGACGGUAAACUAGUCGUAAGCGGUGCCUACGAUUUCGAAGUGAAAGUCUGGAAUCCUGAGCGUGAGGAGUGCUUGCACACAUUGACGGGCCACACUAACAGAGUGUAUUCUCUUCAGUUUGAUGGAAUACACGUGGUGAGCGGAUCUCUGGAUACAAGCAUCCGAGUGUGGGACGUAGAAACAGGUGCAUGUCGGCAUACCCUGAUGGGGCAUCAAAGCCUCACAUCCGGUAUGGAGCUGCGUAAUAAUAUAUUAGUAUCUGGUAACGCCGACUCCACUGUGAAGGUGUGGGACAUCUUGAGCGGGCAAUGUUUGCAAACGCUUUCUGGAGCUAACAAGCACCAGUCUGCGGUCACGUGUCUGCAAUUCAACAGCCAUUUUGUUAUUACUUCGUCAGAUGACGGUACAGUAAAGCUGUGGGAUGUCAAAACUGGAGAAUUUAUUAGAAACCUUGUAGCUCUAGAAAGUGGCGGAAGUGGAGGUGUUGUAUGGCGAAUCCGCGCUAGUGAUACAAAACUUGUGUGUGCAGUGGGUAGUCGCAAUGGUACUGAAGAGACUAAGCUCCUCGUUCUUGAUUUUGAUGUUGAAAUCACAUGAGAGCUGCAAAAAAGACAUCAAAGAAACAUAAUGAAAAAAAAAUUUACUACAAGUUUAAGGAUGAUAUCGGUUUAACGGUUAAAAGCUGAACAAGAUGAACAAAAAACGAGGAAAAAAAUCGUUAAAAAACUAGAGAUGUAAAUGUGAUGUUGGCCUACUUGACAUAACGAAAAAAAAAAAAAAAAAAAAAAAAAAAAAAAAAAAAAAAAAAAAAA